GUAACAUAUAUUUAGUAUUUGACACAGAAGCCCAUCUCUCUUUCUUUCUUUCUCUCUCUAAUAUGCACACAACCCAUAAAGCAAGGUGAUACAUACAUAGAACGUCCUCAAUAACCAGCAAACAAUUCAUUUUCCUCUGCUUUUGAAACCAGUUUCGAUUGAAAACUGUUUACUUCUUUUCUUUCUUAUACUGAAGAGAUACUAUUCAUUUUCCUUCUUCUUCAGUUUCAUCCAUGGAUACUGCUCAAUGGCCACAGGAGAUUGUGGUGAAACCGAUAGAAGAGAUAGUCACAAAUACAUGUCCAAAGCCUGCAGCUUUAGAGAGGAAGGCAAGGCCUCAAAAGGAACAAGCUUUGAAUUGUCCCAGGUGCAAUUCCACUAACACCAAGUUCUGCUACUACAACAACUACAGUCUCACACAGCCUAGGUACUUCUGCAAAACUUGUAGAAGGUACUGGACUGAAGGUGGUUCCCUCAGAAAUAUUCCUGUUGGAGGUGGUUCAAGAAAGAACAAGAGAUCAGCUUCUUCUUCUUCUUCAUCAUCAUCAUCAUCCAAAAAGCUUCCUGAUCUGGUUACACCACCAAGCUUGUCACAGUCUUCUACUCAAAACCCUAAGAUCCAUGACGGCCAAGAUCUCAACCUAGCUUUCCCAGCCAGUCAAGGUUACAGAAGUAUCUCUGAAUUGGUUCAAGUUCCCAAUAGCGUAGAGAACAAUAAGAGCCAAAUUCCUUCUUCCUCGUCUCCUACAUCUCAGCUUUCAGCUUUGGAGUUGCUAACCGGAAUCUCUUCUAGGGGGUUGAAUUCUUUCCUUCCCAUGUCAGUUCCAGAUCCAAACACAGUUUAUACAUCUGGGUUUCCUAUGCAAGAAUUUAAACCAACGCUAAAUUUCUCUCUGGAUGGGCUUGGGAGUGGUUAUGGGAGUCUCCAAGGAGUUCAAGAGACAACAGGGAGGCUUUUGUUUCCAUUUGAAGAUCUAAAGCAAGUCUCAAGCACAACUGAAAUUGAGCAAAAUAAAGAGCAAGGAGAUUCAGCGGGAUAUUGGCCUGGAAUGUUAGGUGGAGGAUCAUGGUAAAGAAGAUGAAAAGUAAUAUGGGUCUUUUCUUUUUUUUUCUCUUUCUUUUUCUUUCCCCUGGGUCUUCUUUUUAACUUUUUAUUAAUUUGUUAAGGUGGGUGACUUGUUUUGAUUUCUUCAUUACUAACAGAUAGGAAUACAUGGGUUUCUUUCUCUCUAUAAUCCUUCCUUUUUCUCCUUAAUUAUCUCCUUUUACUAUUUAAUUUUGGUGGGAAUUUGAAGCUUUUUUUUAGGUUGGCUUCACUAAGGGUGACAUGGGAUAUACUGUUGUGUUAUGGUAGAAGAAGAUAUCAAGCUAAGCCCAGAAGUUUUUUAGGGUAACAUGUAGGAGAGAGAGGCAUGCCCUACACCCUUUAUUACAGGUUGAUAUACUCCUACCGAGAGAGCAGAAGGGCAACCCUAUACGUCAUUGGUUGGCUUGGUACAAGUACAAAAAAAAAAAAUAAUGUAUAUUGUUCAAGUUUGUAAGGAAUUAAUCCCUGGUUGGAAAUUAAAGACUUUGUUCAUUAGUUUCUAAUUUCGAUCUAGCAAACAAAUUAUUGUUGUUAAUAAUCUUGAAUCUCCAAUUGAUUCCAUCAAUGGGAACUUUAAAUUCUCUCCGUCUCUUAUUUUCUAUUGUAGACAGGCUUUCAGAUUAUACGUACUGAAAAAUAACAGGCUUUCAGAACAUGGCAUCAUCACCAAAGAGAUACAUUCAACCCAGAAAAUAAACCCUUUUUGCGGCUUUAUCCGUGAAAGCAAGUGGAGGGGGAGCUUAGAGAGGAGAAGUGCCAGGUAAGAAAUCUGAUCUUUCCACAUGCCAUAUUGCUAAUUUGUAAUAAAGAAUUCCAGAAUGAAUGAUAGUAACUGAAAGUUUGUGUUAUUCUGGAAGCUAUAGAACCAGCUUGCCUCAGUCCGAAAGUUCACCUACUGGUUUUCUAUAUCCAAACAGUUUUGAAGACUCCCUCACAAUAAGCCCCAUUUGCCAUGAGAGUGAUCAUUGCUUCCAUGCCACCCUCUCUUUACCCUUUUUCUAAUUGAAAGAUUGAGAAAGAUCUGACACAGCCUCCUUUCUUUGGUCUCUAAGGGGGACCCACAAACAUUCCCCUCGACAAGUGUGCUGAAAGAAUAAUGCACCCCACUAUGGUUGAUCAAUCCGGAUCUAGACCCCUUUAUUAAUUUGUUAGUUCAAUUUUGUUCUUUGCUGUAAGCCACUUAGUGUGCAUAAUAUCUGGCAAAUGGCAAAUGUCUUAAGGCUCCCUAUCAUGGAAGUCUUUUUCCCCUCUGCCAAAAUUAUUUUAAGUUAAUGGCCUGUUGAUCCUACUUUACUUUCUCCACGGCCUGUUAGGAAACCAGAAUAUCCAGCCACCCCGCGUUACAUUUUCGUCUAAACAACAAGAAUGCAUGACAAAUACAUUUUUCCCUUAACAACAAGGUUGGAGCCCCAGAUUCAAAUGUUUCCUUAGCAAGGAAGCUAGUUAUGGAAAGAGCAUAGGGAAAAUGGGAAGACCAAAUUAUAGAAACAACUCUUGUAUUUUUGUUGUCUGAGAUAGGUGGUCUGAUAUAAGACCUCCAACCACCUGCGGGACGACCUAUGUUUUGCACUUGCCCAAACUCAUUUUCCUUGCACCUGAAAACAAAGGGAUAUUCGAAUUCAUAUAAAUAAAGUGCAUGCCU